CCCUCCAUGUCCUCACCUGUCUGCUUUGCCACUCCACUUUGUAUAUUCAUUCAAAAAUUCUCAAAACCCAAUUAAGAUUUUCUCUCUCCUCCGCGUGCAGACGUAGACUGCGGAGAGUUUUUCUUGUGGAAGCUUUAAUGGCGGAAAUGUAGCGGUGAAAGGAAAAUCAGACAAGGAAGGAGAAAAAGCUUUGAGAAUUUGGGGUUUUGAUACAUAGGGAACGAAAUGCCGUUGACAAGGUUCCAGACAAGGAACGAGUAUAGUUUAGCGGAUCCAGAGCUUUACAGAGCUGCUGGUAAGGAUGAUCCCGAAGCUCUACUUGAAGGUGUCGCCAUGGCAGGUCUCGUUGGUGUAUUACGUCAGUUGGGAGACCUUGCUGAGUUUGCUGCGGAGAUAUUCCAUGACUUGCAUGAAGAAGUGAUGGCUACUGCUGCCAGAGGCCAUGGUCUGAUGCUACGUGUCCAACAACUAGAGGCAGAAGUUCCAUCUAUUGAGAGGGCUUUUCUCUCCCGAACCAGUCAUUCAUUAUUUCUUUUCAAUGCAGGUGUUGGUUGGCAUCCUAAUCUGAGAACAGACCAGAAUGUGAUCACUCGGGGAGAUUUACCUCGAUGUGUUAUGGACUCUUAUGAAGAAUGUCGGGGCCCACCUCGGUUAUUUCUGUUGGACAAGUUUGAUGUUGCUGGUGCUGGAGCAUGUUUAAAGAGAUACUCUGAUCCAUCAUUCUUUAAAGCAGAAUUUACAUCCUCUGAGACAAUGGAACCAAAUGUUCACAGGGAGAAAAAACCUCGCAAAGUUAAGAAGAAAGGAUCACGCUGGAGGAAUGGAGAGAACCCAGAGGAUUUCCCCACUUCACAUGCCAAAUUGCAUCAAUUGCUUUCAAAGGAGCGUCAUUCUGAGAAUGAUGUCCUUGUGGAUCAUGUGAAACUGAAGAAGAGACAGUUAAAUGGAUUUCCUUUGAAGUCAACUACAGGGAAAAGCUACAUGGAGAGAUUUCUAGAGGCCCAUUCACCUGAGAGCAAAGAAUCUUAUGAAAAAUCUUUAGUUGUCCCACACUUGAAUAUGGAAUCCAGUAAUGCUAGUGAACUUGGUCUUGAAAUACGUGAAAUUGGUACUGCUAGUCCUGCUAAUAAAUUGUUGCAAGGAGAAAGAAGGCAAGAUUUGUCUGCUGAGAGACAAAAAAUUGUAUUAGAACAAUCCAUGUAUGACUUGCAUGACGAUGUCAUCAAGAAAAGCAUUUCAGAGAAGUUGCCUGAACCAAUCUGCGAUAUCAAGGUGGAAAAAGUUCCAUCCAGCCUUCAUAAAUUGGAGGAUCAAAAGGAAUUACUGGUUGACGUUGAAAGCAAUAAAGAAGACACUGUUGAUGGAUACCAAUCUGAUGAUAUGCCCAGUGAGGUGGAAAAUUAUAUGGAUGCACUUGCCACCAUGGAGUCUGAAAUGGAAACGGACACUGAGACUAGACCGAAAUAUGAGCGAGGCUUCUUCAAGUCCAAAAGGUUGGGGUCGGAUUCCAACGCAAAUGAACGGCAGAAACAUGAAGCUCACUUUUCAGAAUCCCCCUCUGUUGGAAAUUCUAGUGAAUCAGAUGAUGAGAAUAAUUUUUUCAAGGGAGGAAUAUCUAAUCCUUCCAAAAUAGAUACUCUAAGCAAUCUGGCAGUGAAAGGACCUCCUGGUGGUGAUGCAGUAGCCAAAGUGGCUACAUCUACUGAGGCUUUCCCUGCUGAAGUUGUGGAUGUAUCAUCUGAAAAUCCCUCUGCAAAUGGUAGUGUGUCGAUACCUGAGUCUUUGGAGUUUAUAGUCCCCAAUGGGUUUUGCAAUGAAGUAUCAGUAAUCCCAAGUUAUGGUUCUGAACUUGUGGAAGCAUCUCCUAAUUCCUGUGUUGAAGAUUCAACUUCUACUGCAUCCCGUUCAAAUCCAGGAGCCAAUUUGAAUGAAUUUCAGUUACAGGGACAAGAUUUUGUUGGAUACCCCUCUGCCUAUAUGAGAUUUAGCACUGAAGCUCGAUCUCCAAAUACAGAAGUUGAUAUUGAAAAUAUUGGUGGCAUACCUAGCACAACUAAUUUAUCUGAUUCUGCUUCUAAGAUGAAAGAUGAUCCUCUUGCUGUAGAGUUUCUGGAAUGCCAACAGGUGCAAGUAAUAGGUGGUUUGAACCACUAUGAACUAUCGUCUUAUGCUUUGAUGCAUCAAUCUGACAUCUCAGGCCUUACAGCUGAAGGUAAAUAUAGUGGUGAUACUCUGGAGGCAGUUCCUCCUACCGAAUGUGCUGAAUUGAAUACUAAGCAACCUGAAUGUUUAUCAACUAUUACCAGUCCCGAUGAUCUUGAUGAUUUGAAGUCUGAUAGAACUUUGGAAUCAGAUAUUGGAAUCCAGACUACUGGAGAAAACCCAGAAUAUUUGACAUCAGCAUUAGACAUUCAAAAAACUGGUGUUUCUGCUAAACAGGGCCUCUCAGAAAUGAUGGAAGAGGUUCCACCUCCUCAACCGGAUUUAGGAGUAGGUAGUGGGAGUUCUGGAGCAAAAAUGUUGGACAACAAUUUGGGAGUAUCAUCUAAUAAGUCUGCUCGUGGGGUCAAUGAUGAACCUGCGCUUGAUGUAGUCCAAUUGAACUCCUACGGUUCAGUGGGAAAGGUUGCUGCUGCAUCUCUUGAAUUUUCUUCCACAUAUUCAGCACCUGACUCUCCAAAGCCUGCAUUGAUGACUGAUCAUCGUUCACAAAUGGACAGUUUGACUGGCACUGUUUGUGCAGAGGCUGAUGUUGAUGGUAUUCUGUGUUGGAAGCCUACUGGUUCUUCGAAUCACAUGAUAUUGGAAGAAGAAUGCCCUUCGAGUACUAGGGGUUGGGGUGGUUUGGUAAGCGGGGUUCAUUCACAGUUGGAUGAUGUGGAAACUGGAAGCAUUCAUGCGGAGGCUGGUGGUGAAACUUCUGUUUGUCGACGCCUUGGUUCCCCAUCCAGAAAUCAUGUAAAGUUGGAAGAUAAAUGUCAUUCUAGCAAUGGAAAUGAAAGUCAUAUGGAAAGUGAAAUUCAUUCAAAGUUGGACAAUAUGGUGUCUGGUGCAGCGCAUACUGGUGAUGCUGAUUCUCUGAACAUUAUUGGUUCUCCAUCUAGGAUUCAGAUUAAGUUGCAAGAAGAGUGUCUCAAAGCUGCUGAAAAAGAAAGAAAUCAACUGCCAGCUUCUUCCUCAGACUUGAAUGUUGAAGUGUAUAAUUCAGAGUCACAUAUGCCUUCCAGUUCUGAAUUACCUUACGAUCUUCAUGAUGCAAUGCCAGUUAAAUGUGACCAAGCAUUGCAUCUCAGGGAUAUCACUGGGACUCUCACAUCUUCAAUGGAAACAGAUAAAAUUUUACAAUUUGCUCACCGAAAUCUGACUUCAAAGCGUGCAGAAGAUCCUGGAUUUACUUCAUUAUCCCACAAAGAUCUAAUCAUCCCUUCAGAAGAAGCCCUUGUAUUAGAAGGUCCUCUGCUGUCCAAUCUUCAGGAUGAACAAGCAGAAUCUCUCGAAGGCAAGGAUCAGAAUGGCUGUCCUGGUGUUCCAUCUGUGACUUUUCAGGUUGAGAAAAUAGAACCUGUGAAACACACAGGUCUGGAUGGCUCCUCUGGUGCUCCCAAGUCUGCAUCACUGCUGCCACCUCUACCCCCUCAAGGAUGGAGGGUUGGAACGCUCCUACAUAGCUCACCGACAUCAGAGGGAGAAAUGGUGCAACCAAGUCUGAACCCAUUCUUGCCAUUACCGAUGACUGAGGAUGAGAAGCAUGAACAUGAUUCUAUUACCUUAGGGGAAGAAAAGUCACAGCCUAGUUUGAAUUCAUUUGUUCCCCCAUCUGCUACCAAAGAAGUAAGGCCAGCUUCCGACACUUCACAGGGAGAAUCAGAUGAUCUUCAGAAACUGACAGAGCUGAAACUGAAUAUAAAAGAUGGAAUGCUUCAACCACCAAUCAUAAAAGAUGAGGAGCCUGUGAACUCAUUUGCACCAUCAACCGUAAAAGAUGAACAGCCUAUGAAUGACGCUUUUGCAUCACCAACCAUAAAAGAUGAGGAGGCUCUGAAUGCAUUUGCAUCACCAACCAUAAAAGAUGAGGAGGCUCUGAAUGCAUUUGCAUCACCGACCAUAAAAGGCGAGGAGCCUUCACGUAGUUCAUUAACAUUAGAAGGAGAAAUGCCUUCAAAUGCAUCUACCUCAUUACCAGAUGCAGAAGUUCGGGUGCCAAAUGGCAAACCUCCUAGGAAGAUUCCCCGGCCUAGAGAUCCUCUAAUUGAAGCUGUUGCCUCUCAUGAUAGAAGCACGUUGAAGAAGGUAACACAGCAGGCUCGGCCUCAGAUUGCACAGAAGAUGGAUGAGAGGGAUUCAUUGCUGGAACAGAUAAGAACAAAGUCCUUCAACCUGAAGCCCACCACGGGAAGAUCCAUGCUCACAACAAGAUCCAUCAUUCAGGGUCCUAGAACCAACUUGAAGGUUGCUGCUAUUUUGGAGAAAGCAAAUGCCAUUCGCCAGGCCACGGCUGGGAGUGAUGAAGAUGAUGAUGAUGAUAGUUGGAGUGAUUCCUGAUUGCCACAGAUUCUCUCAGGGCUAUUCAGGACUACCAUUGUUCCCAUGAGCAGAUCAAUAUGCUUUCCUGGUGCUGGUCCCUCCAAAUUAAAAUGAUCAAAGAAGCGAGGUUUUUCAGUAAAUUCCAAUGUCCAUCCCAUGCCUGCUUUGUAUCCAUGUAUAAUAUUUUCUUUCUUUCCCAUCC